AUGACUCUAAACCGUUUAUCAGCCGGAGAUUCGACAAACUCUCACCGAUCCUCUUUCUCCACCGUGGCUGGAACCGAUAAUCAUAAACGGAAAUUCGAGGAUUACGCUGAUUACGGCGUUGAUUUCUUCCAGAAGAUGAAGAAACAAGAGGUCGACGCCGAUCAUAUCUCGGAGUUGCAACAAUCGUGGAUUCCGAGGAGAUCCGGUGAGAAUUCUGGUCACAAUCGGUUAUUACCUUCGUCUGAUGAAGAGUGUUCUUCUUCAUCUGCUGCUGCCGCUUCCGAGUCGACUCGGUUACAACUCUUCGUUAGGAUGAUGUCUGGAGGUAAAACGAUUGUGAUCCACGCCGAUAAAAACGAUACUGUGGAGAAGCUUCAUCAGAGAAUCGAGUGGAAAACGAAGAUUCCGGUGAUUGAGCAAAGGAUUAUCUAUGAAGGUAAGCAGCUUCAAUUCGAACACUUGCUUAGCUACUACUCGAUCGAACAAGACGCUUCGCUUCACCUCGUUGGUCGGAUGCAGAGCACUGAGCAUCCAGUUGCUUGGCAAACGAUUGAUGCUAUCAUGUUAACUGUCUCUCGAUUGUACAGAGGUGAGAAUCUUCAUGGAGGUAUUUCAACUAUCAAUGAGAAGAUAGUUACGUUUUUCACCAUGAUUCCGGUCGAAAACGAGGAUUCCAUUGCGAAAUAUCUUAGGAUUUUCUCGAGUUCUUCUGCUCCUGCUGCUCUGGUUAUGCUCUAUGCUUCGUCUUCUUCAGAACCUUACAAAUCCUGUGCUAAGAGUCCUAUUAAGCUCUUCUUGAAUAAUUGCAUAGCCUUGCGUAGGAAUCAGCAGACUUACUGUGUACCGGCUGUGUUAGACUUUUGUAGAUUGCUUAGGAAAGUUUCCCCUGAUGAAAAGCUGUAUUCGUCUUCUCGGAGCGUCUUGGGUACACUGUUGGAAUCUAUUGAUAUUUCUGGUAGGUUCCAUGUUUUUGUGGAGGAGAUUUUCCCUUUCUUUUGCGAGUUAGCUGAUAUUGUGGUGAAAGAGUUAGUCCAGGGUUCAGGGCCUAGUUCCUCUGAUGUGGAGAAAUUCUCUUCCUUUUGGAAACCCUUGAUGAACGCCAUUCAAUCCCAAGUUCCCUGCUCGUUUCCCAUAGCUUUACCUCUGCGGAAUAUUGCAUUGGAGGCAGAGAUCGAACAGCUCCAUCGGUUGUUUACAAUCUUGUUGCAUACAAUGGACAGUUGUAUGAGUCGAGUCGAAUCUUGGUUGGGUAAAAAAGGAACAGGAAACAGUGAAACGUCUAUGUCUGAAUCGUGGUCUCAAUAUCUACCUGUUCUGAAGAUCAUCAGUUCAAUUUCUAAAAUCUAUCAAGGUGCUAAGGAACUGGUAGCUAGUAUGUUAAAUUCCAGGAAAGCUUCGUUCUGCACCCUCAUUUUGAAAUUUGCAAAAAGAGGCGAUGAUCACGAUUGGAUCCUUGAGUAUAUGGAAUCGACCAACUUUGAAGUUAGACGGCAUCUGGCAAUGAUGUUGUUUCCUGAGGUGAAAGAAGAGUUUGAUGAGAUGCACGAAAUGCUCAUUGAUCGGUCCAACUUGUUAGCAGAAUCGUUUGAGUACAUAUCUGGCGCAAGCCGUGAGGCACUUUUUGGUGGACUGUUCAUGGAAUUCAAGAAUGAGGAAGCUACAGGUCCUGGUGUUCUACGAGAAUGGUUCUAUUUGGUAUGUCGAGAGAUAUUUAAUCCGCAAAAUGCUCUAUUCCUUCGAUCUCCUGAUGAUUUCAGAAGGUUUUCUCCAAAUCCAGCGUCCAAGGUGGAUCCGUUGCAUCCAGGUUUCUUCGAGUUCACAGGUCGUGUGAUUGCCUUAGCUUUGAUGCACAAAGUUCAAGUGGGUGUGCUAUUCGACCGUCCUUUCUUCCUACAAUUGGCCGGACUGCAAAUUUCUUUGGAAGAUAUUAAGGAAACGGAUCGAAUCAUGUACAAUAGCUGCAAAGAGAUUCUAGAAAUGGAUCCAGUGUCUUUCGAUUCAAGCGGGGGUCUCGGUCUAACAUUCGUUAUGGAAACCGAAGAGCUGGGGAAAAGGGAUACCAUAGAGCUAACUGACAAGGGGAAUGACAUUGCUGUUAACAGCGAGAACAGGAAAGAAUACGUCGAUCUCCUCAUUAAACAGCGAUUUGCCAGAUCAAUCUCCAAACAAGUAUCGCAGUUUUCUCGGGGUUUCACGGAUAUGCUUUCAGCAGGUGUGCCGCUCAAGUCCUUUUUCAAUAGACUAUACCUAGAGGAUCUCGAUGGGAUGCUUCGAGGAGGAGAAAACCAAAUAAGCAUAGAUGAUUGGAAAGCACACACAGAGUACAACGGAUUCAAAGAGACCGACCGCCAAAUAGACUGGUUCUGGAAGAUUCUGAAGAAAAUGACAGAGGAGGAAAAGAAGAGUAUACUCUUCUUUUGGACAUCGACUAGGUUUAUACCAUUGGAAGGAUUUAGAGGAUUAUCAUCAAAGCUUUAUCUCUAUAGAUUAUACGAAGCUAAUGAUCGCCUUCCGACAUCUCAAACUUGCUUUCACCGUCUCUGUUUGCCAAAAUACCCGACGAUGGCGAUCAUGGAACAACGCCUCCGAGUCAUUGCUCAAGAUCAUGUCAGCUCCAGUUUCGGUAACUGGUGA